CCUCUGCCCGAUAUGGCCAUCGACCCCACUCUUAUAUAAGCGCUCGCGAUCCCUCUAAACCCUCUCCAAAGCCCUGAAUCCGCGUCGAUUAGGGUUUCGCCGUCUCCUCUCCGUUGUCCCUUUCUCUUCUUCUCUUCUACCUCUUCUCUCAAGGGUGGUUCAAUCACAUUCUAGUGUCUAUAAAAUGGGCAAGUGGAGCAAGAAAUCCAACGUUGAGGUUGCUGCAGCUCCUGUGUCGGUUCCUCCUGCAAAAUCUGCGAAAAAAGGCAAGAGGGAUGCCGAGGAAGCAAUAGUGAAACCAAUGAGCGCAAAGAAGCAGAAGAGAGAAGUUGAGGAGGUGGUUCGAAAGCAGGACCAUAAGAAGUCAAAGAAAGCCUCACGGGAGCCUCCACAAAAGAAGAAAGCUGAAAGCAGCAGUUCUGAGGAACAGACUUCAUCAGAAUCUGAAGAAGAGGUUAAAGUUCCACCUAAGAAGAUCAUUACACCUGUGAAAGCACCUGCAAAGGAUUCUUGUAGCAGCAGCAGUGAAGAAUCGUCUUCUGAUGAUGAUGAACCUACUAAGAUGACUGCCCCAUCAAAGAAGUUGCCACCAACUGGAGCUAAGAAUGGCACACCCGCAAUAUCUAAGGAGGAGGAAUCAAGUGACAGUUCAGAUUCAGAUAGUAGUUCAGAUGAGGACAUUAAACCUGCUGCUUCAACGAAGAAACCUCCUGUAGCUGUGCCCAAGAAGAAACCCAAAUCAAGUGAUAGCUCUUUCGAGGGUGAUUCUGAUGAGGAAGAGGAGGGAGUCACAGCCAAAGCUGGUGGACCUGUAAACAAACCACUUGCAUCAUCAAAGAAUGGAACUCUUGGUGCCUCGAGGACUGAAGAAUCAUCCAGUGACACAUCAGAGAGUGAUUCUGAUGAUGAAGAGGAAACACUGGCAAAGGUUCCUUCCAAAAAGCAGCCUGUUACUGUGAAGAAAGAUGUUCAGCCUAAAUCCCAGCAUAAUGCCAAGGCGGAUCAAAGUUCUGAAGAGAGUUCGGAUGAGAGUUCCGAUGAAGAACCACAAAAAAAGAUGCUGAAAGUGCCGGAUACUGUUCAUGUAAACAUCAACAAGCCAACUGCAAAGCUCGUUAAAAAAGAAAGUAGCAGUGAUGAAGAUGAGGAUGAAAGCUCUGAAGAAAGUUCAGAUGAGGAACCUUCAAAACCACAACAGAAGCCAACAAAAGCAUCUGCAGAAAGCAGCAGCUCCGAGGAGGAGGAUUCUUCUGAUGAGGAGAGUGAAGAUGAACAGCCGAUGAAGACUCUGCAGAAGAAGCCAACCAAAGCAUCUGCUGAAAGCAGCAGCUCUGAGGAGGACGAUUCUUCGGAUGAGGAGAGUGAAGAUGAACAACCGAUGAAGACUCCACUGAAGAAGGACUCAGAUGUGAAGAUGAAAGAUGCACCAUCAGCAAAUGCAAUGGCAAAGCAGACUGCUACAAAAUCUGACAAGGCGGCGCCUAAAAUUCCUAGCAGUCAGGGUGCUGGAUCAAAAACAAUAUUUGUUGGAAACCUGUCCUAUGAUGCUGGACAAGAUGAUGUGGCCGCAUUCUUUAAAGAGGUAGGGGAGAUUGCUGAUGUUCGAUUGGCUUUUGCUGAUGAUGGCCGCUUUAAAGGAUUUGGUCAUGUUGAAUUCACCACUGAAGAUGCAGCUCAGAAAGCACUUGAAUUGAAUGGUAUGGAAUUGUUGGGACGUGCAGUGAGACUUGAUGUGGCCCAUGAAAGGGGCGCAUAUACUCCUUACAGCGGGAAGGAAAGCAAUUCUUACCAAAAGGGUGGAAAAGGUCCGAGCUAUACUAUAUUUGUGAAGGGUUUUGAUAAAUUCGUUGAAGAGGAUCAGAUUCGGAGCUCCCUUGAAGAGCAUUUUGGGUCUUGUGGAGAGAUUACUCGGCUUUCCUUACCAAAGGAUUACGAAACUGGUGCUUUCAAGGGGAUGGCAUACAUGGAUUUUAGAGAGCAAGAUGCCUUUUCCAAGGCCUUGGAACUCGACGGUUCUGAACUUGGGGGCUACUCAUUAACAGUGGAUGAAGCUAAGCCAAGAGGUGACAGUGGCUGGAGUGGUGGCAAGGAUAGCGCAGGCAGGGGUGGUGGCAGAUUUGGAGGCCAACGUGGUGGACGUGGUGGUAGGGGACGAGGUGGAGGUGGUAGGCGAGGGGGAACCCCUAACAAGCAAAGUUUUGUUACAGUUAGUACUGGGAAGAAGACGACGUUCAGCGACGACUAGAAGGAGCACUUCCUCGUGAAAUAUAGCUGUAGCUUAGUAUCGGUUUCCAGUCUCAAGGUUUGUUAGUUGAAUUGGCUUUGUAACUCACCAGCAACUUCUGACAUUGGUGGUUCUGUAUUUUUGGACCUUUUUGGAUUAAGUUUUGCGGCUUUCCUGCGAUUGGAUCUUACAAGAGACCACCAUUCAGAGGGAUAUCAUGUGCUUUUUUCCAUUAUUAGUGAGAUCCGUGCAUGGAGGACGUGCAAUAUUUAAUAUGCAUUUCAUAUAAGAUGUUCCAUCAUUUUAAUUGAUGCAAUGAAGAGGAACUAUAGUUUUAAUUUCU